CUUUCAUAAAAACUUCAAAGUUGUUAUUUAUUUAUUUUUCAUUCUAAAAAAAAAAAAUAACAACUUCAAAGUAAGCUGAAACUGAAACUGAAUCAGACUCGAGCGGGCGAGCGAGCGAGCAAGAUAGAUAUAUAAAGUGAUGGGACUCAGCAUCGAAACGACGUCGUCGUCGUCGUCACAGUCGCAGUGGGAUUUGAUGAGGGAGUUUGUAGAAAGUGAGGGAAGAGCGGCGGCGGUGUUGGACGGUGGCUUGGCGACGGAGCUGGAGCGACACGGUGCCGACCUCAACGAUCCACUCUGGAGCGCCAAAUGCCUCCUCUCUUCUCCUCAUCUCAUUCGCCAGGUACACCUUGAUUACCUAGAAGCUGGUGCAGAUGUUAUAAUAACAGCAUCUUAUCAGGCCACAAUUCAGGGCUUUCAGGCUAAAGGCUUUUCUAGAGAAGAGGGUGAAAACUUGCUUAGAAGAAGUGUUGAAAUUGCCAUUGAGGCAAGAGAUAAUUAUUAUAACAGAUGUGCUGAAUGUUCAUCUAAUGACACUGGAGUUGGAAGAAUUCUCCAACGUCGCCCAAUCUUAGUUGCGGCAUCUGUGGGGAGUUAUGGGGCUUAUUUGGCUGAUGGUUCUGAGUACAGUGGGGACUAUGGUGAUGCAAUUACACUAGAAACUUUGAAAGAUUUUCAUCUGAGAAGGGUUCAAGUCCUAGCAGAAUCAAGUCCUGACCUAAUUGCAUUUGAGACAAUUCCUAAUAAAUUAGAAGCUCAGGCUUAUGCAGAGAUUUUGGAGGAAGAAGACAUAAAGAUUCCAGCAUGGUUUUGUUUCAAUUCUAAAAAUGGUGUUAAUGUGGUUAGUGGCGAUUCCAUUCUUGAAUGUGCAUCAAUUGCUGAAUCAUGCAAGAAAGUUGUUUUAGUGGGAAUCAACUGUACCCCUCCUCGAUUAAUUCAUGAACUAAUAUUAUCUAUUAAGAAGGUAUCAAAAAAACCAAUAGUUAUAUAUCCAAAUAGUGGUGAAAGAUAUGAUGCCGAGCAAAAACAAUGGGUGCAAAAUACUGGUGUUUCAGAUGAAGAUUUUGUCUCGUAUGUAAACAGAUGGUGUGAGAUUGGGGCUUCCCUUGUGGGAGGUUGUUGCAGAACAACUCCAAAUACCAUUAAAGCCAUAUACAGGACUCUUUCCAAUAGAUCUGCUCCUGCUCUACCGCCAUAGGUACUGCUCUGACUUGAGGAGAGCAAAACAUAAUCUCUUUAAUGCAGAUGGUGGAAAGGCUUGCUAUAUCUCCAAUAAAAAAAGGGUUUCUGCUUGUUUUGGGAAGGAGGGCCUUGUACAAGCUGUUAGAGGAUGAGGUAGUUUCCUCAUAGAGCUUGCAUAUUUGAAUCUUAGAGCCAAAAUAGAAAGAACAUCUUAAUGUGUCAUCAGUACUUCAUCUCUCAUUCUUUGAGCCAAACAGAAAGUUUAAUUAACUAUACGAACCGUUUUGGACUUUGGAGACAUUCAUUCAUCAUUUUUUA